AUGGAGCCUGUCAUCCAAGAGAUUAUACUACACAACACAAGUUCUUGGAACUUCUCAGUGGAUAGACGCAGCUUUUCUUCACAAGCUGGUGCAGAAAGCAGUGGAGAGAAGAUGACUUGGAAGAUGGACUCUCUGACGAUGAAGAGAGUUGAGCCUUCUCAACAUGAGUUGGAGUUGUCAGAGAAUGGGGCUGAUUCAAUGAGAAAAGAUCACCAAGGAAGGAAUGUUUCAGAACUGUUCAAGGCCAUUUUAGCUUUUCCCGGGGUUCUCUGUCAUGAGCUCUUGAUAAGUGGGUUAAAGCAGGAAAUGAUCUAA